UACAGACUGCCGGAAAGUCGGAAGAAGAAGAACUACGUAUCCCAGUAGACUUUGCGGUCCACGGGUAGGGGGUGUUGUCUCGACCUUGGAGUUCGACGUGCAGCGGCAUGGCGAGCAAGGACCCUAAUCGCUUUCUCCAGCAUCUAAGGGAUCUGGCAGGUCGGAUGUCUUCAUUUGGUGGCAGAGGGGCAGGAUUAGGACUGAAGCUGCUGCUUGGAGCUGGUGCUUUGGCAUAUGGCGUUAAAGAAGCCACCUACACAGUGGAAGGUGGCCACAGAGCCAUCAUCUUCAACAGGAUUGGAGGGAUGCAGAUGGACACUGUUCUGGCAGAAGGGCUACAUUUCAGGAUCCCUUGGUUCCAGUACCCUAUCAUCUAUGACAUCAGAGCCAAACCCAGGAAGAUCUCCUCUUUGACUGGCAGCAAAGAUCUGCAGAUGGUGAACAUAGGGGUGCGAGUGUUGUCGAGGCCCAUGGCAUCCAACCUGCCGGUCAUGUACCAACAGCUGGGGAAGGACUACGAUGAGAGAGUCCUGCCCUCCAUUGUCAAUGAAGUCCUUAAGUCUGUAGUGGCAAAGUUUAAUGCCUCGCAGCUCAUCACACAGAGAGCACAGGUGUCCCUGCUGGUGCGCAGGGAGCUGUUCGAGAGAGCCAAAGACUUCAACAUCAUUCUUGACGAUGUAGCCAUCACAGAGCUGAGCUUCAGCAACCAGUACACAGCUGCUGUGGAAGCCAAGCAAGUUGCCCAUCAAGAGGCCCAGAGAGCCCAGUUCUAUGUCGAGAAAGCCAAACAGGAUCAGAGACAGAAGAUCAUCCAGGCUGAGGGAGAGGCUGAAGCUGCCAAAAUGUUGGGCCAAGCAGUGACUAAGAACCCAGGUUACCUGAAGCUGAGGCGAAUAAGAGCAGCACAGAACAUCGCUAAGACGGUGGCAUCAUCUCAGAACAAGGUGUACCUUAAUGCUGACAGUUUGGUCUUGAACUUACAAGAUCGGGACUUCUUAAACACCUUGUCACAGGGCAAAAAGAAGUGAUGAAGAGGACAUGAAGAGAGGCAGUAGAACUUCCCUUGUCGCCAACUUCAUCUGAACAGUCGUGGUUUUGCUUGUGGGAUAGAGAAUCAACAUACAUGACUCUGGACAAGUCUGAAUGUGGACAAGAAAGAAACAAUUACAUUUUGUUUUAGUUAUGUUUUUUACCUCUCUGACUUCGGGAGUAGCCUGCAUUAUAUAUUAUUAAGUUUUGUCAAUGAAUUAUUGAAGAGGAACAACACCUUAAUCUCAUUUUAACUUCUCAAUGAACAAAUCAGACAAAAAACAUUUGUCAAAGUGAAAGUACAUCCUGCUCAUCCUCUACAAACCGCGAGGAUGAGCACAUCACAUAUCCAGUGAUUUUCAGUAGUAAGCAGUGUGUUGAAAGGGCCUUUAAUGAUCAUCAUAAUUUAGGAGAUCACCGUCUUCUGUCAGGAAGAGCUGUUAAGUCUUAUGUCCAAAAUGUCAAACUAAUUUCACUGCUGUAUUCCUCUCCAAUAGUUAGUCCUAAUCUGGCUGCCAAUCUUUUCUCUGCUCUACACACUUCUCAUCAAAAAUGUUCCAGUCCUCCUCCUAAUGGUCCUUACAGGUAUUAUAUUGGAAAUGUUUGUCAGGGCUCCAUAUCUCCACGUAGGUGGAGCAGGUGUUACAGAGGUUAGGUGGCGUGUGCGGAAUCAUGCAGUAAUCUUGAUAAUACAGCCACCAGGUUUGGCAGACCAAGUGAAUGCUAAUUUAUCUGUUAAUAAAUGUUUGUUUUAAGUACA